GGUGUGUCCCACCAUCAGACGGGGGGACUUGGUCUAUUCAGACGCCAUGCAGAUCCGAAACAUCCGCUCGACAGUGCUGGACAGUGGGGUGGUGCUGGCAUGUGCUGGCAGUGGUCAAUCGGAUCCAACCCAGGAGGCCCCCCAGGUCCGGACGUCGCGCGCGGCCAGCGUUUUUGCUCGAUGGAGGUGAUUCGGAGACAGGCCGCCUUUGCGCAAGAGAAAGGGUUGUUUAAAGCGGCCCGCGCAUGGCAUGUCUCCGCCAAUUUUGUUGGGUGGAAAUGUGCAGAAACUUCCUGCUCCACUCUACCGCAAGUGUCGGAGGUGGAUUUCUUCAUUAGCCAUUCAUGGGCUUGUCCUUCAUGGAAGAAGUUCCUUGCAGCUUGCUUUCAUUUGAAUUUGGACGCUGCGAUCGUGCUUUCGAACCUGACAUGUUUCGGCGGAGUUCUGAUUCUGCGAGCGCAUGCUGGAAGCUUCGUGGGGAUUGCAAGCGCCUGCCAGGGUUGGCUACAGAGCGCUUUGAUGUUCUAUCCCAUGGGAGUCUUCCUAGCGACCUUCUUCUUCGGACAUCUCGUAAGCCGACGCAGCUUCUGGAUCGAUGGCGUGUGCAUCAACGAAGAGACUCUCUUGGCCAAGUAUCACACCAUUCAAGCGAUUCCAGCCUUCGUGGCCUACUCCAAGCAGAUGCUGGUCUUAUGGGAUUGCACCUACCUAGAGAGGCUUUGGUGUCUUUAUGAGAUAGCAGUGUUUGCGAAGACCUCGCAGACUCAUGACACCACUUUCGUGCCAAUUUGGGCUGCCAUUUGGACUUUGACCACGAUGAUUGCCAUUUUCCUUGCAUCCGUCAGCUAUUUGGACACUUUGCCACCCCACUUGGAUCUGGACACGGAGGGGUCACUUUUUCUCUCUUGGUUCAAGAGCACCUGGGGCCCUCCGGAGGGCUGUGUCAUCGCCGCACUGCCCUUCUCGUGGUUUUGCUUGCAGAAGCUGCACGGCCAUGAGAGGAUGCUUAACCAGAUCUCAAACUUUGACUUCAGAAAUGCCAAAUGCACCUUGGAGACGGACCGCGUCACCAUCGAACAGCAGGUCGUUGAUCUUUUCGAUGAAGCGUUGGAAGGUCCAGCGUCCGUGGCCUUAUCAUUUGACAUGGAAGAGGUCGAUGCGUCAAGGACAGAUGCCCAGAUGACAGCGGACCCACUCCUUCAGCUCUCUCCCCGAAGCCUUCAAAGCUUCCGGCACGUCACCAGCUAUCCCUCGCGUGGCGAGGUGGUCGACCAAUUCAACUCCUAUGUCAGAGGCCCGUUGCGACAGAGGGUGCUUGGCCUCGUCGGCAGUGAGGUGGACAUCCCUUUCAAGUGGUGCCUCACUGUGAUGAUGCCUGCGUGGUGGUCGGCCUGGGCCAUGGUGCUGGGGUGCGAAAAUCGAGACUGCCACACCUCGUGCUCCCAGGAGGGCUAUUCCUCCGUUUCGCUCUACUGGCUGACAACGGCAGCGGUGAACCUAAUUAUUUGCCCCAUUGCUGGCACCCUGAACUUCCCCCUGGCACUGCGGGCCAACCAUGUGGUGGCCGGGCUCAUCUCAGGAUCCGUGCCGCAACUGGUGCUGGGAACACUCUUCACCACCGUGGUGCUCUUGUUGGUCCAAGGUUUUCAAGCGACGGCCGUCGGUGGACUGGCCGUGAUCGUGACCAAGUCUUCGUGGCCGUGGCUGCUGGGUUACAUGGCAGGUCUGGCUCUGAUCUUCUGGCAGGUCUGGUGGUUCUUCUUUAGGAAAGCCUCAGCACUGAGCCAGCGGCCCCUUCUGCGAGCCUGACAA